AUGUUGGGAGCAAUUGAAAGUAUUCUUGCAGCGUGUUCCCGUCAAAUUGCGACAGAUGCGCCUGACCUCGCUGCCAAUACGAUCGGAGAAAUUGUUGAAUUUGCAUCAGCGCAGAGGUCUACCCGACUUGCACACGCAGCGCUGCGACUCAUACGUGAACAACUUUCUAUCGGGUCUGGUCUCUCUCCGGAACCAGGGAUCCAAUUAGCAAAAAGAACUUUGGAACAAGGAGGAGAGCAGAACGUUUGUGUAGCAGCGGUUGAAGUCCUGAUUGAGGCCCUAAAGCAGCAUUGGAACGAUUUCUGGCCCUCGGAUGCUGUCCACAAACAGUCAUCCUCACCCGCCAGCAUAACAGCCAAUCAACCUUUACAGCGGUUGUACAUAUUUGCUCUGCAAGGAGUAAUGAAGGGACUUGAAAGCGUAGACCUCACCAUAUGUCGGACUGCGUUGCUCGGGCUGCAAAGUUUAGACAGCUCAAGAAAGUUGUAUUCACGGAGUGCAGCAUUUCGCGAAAACGGGGCAGCCAAAGCGGUAGUAACGGAAUGUAUGCGAGUCAUGGGAGCUGGAGGUGACGCGCGAAGAGAGAGUCUGACAGAGGAAGCUGUUGAAGUAAUAUGGGGAGUGGUGAAAUUUGAUAUGGAAGGAUUCUUUUCGCACAUGCUUCCUGAAGUUAUUAAAGACUUGGGGGGCGUGAACGCAGAACAGGUUCAGUCGCUCGUGCAGGCCUUUGCAGAAGCUAGAGAAAGGCCAGGGUUUUCCAGAAGACUUGCGGCUUUCACAAAUGAUUAUGUGUUUCUGCGAGGGUUAAAUGAGGUUCAAAUGUAG